ACAACAACAACAACAGCAACACCCACCUUCUCCUUAAAACGAGCAACAAAACAAUGGACGAUUAUGUUGUAUCCACGAUUUCUUAUGAAGGACUCCAAAUAUACCCCCUUACACAACCUCUACCUCCACAGUAUUUUAGGAACGGCGAGAACUUUGGCGAGAAGUUUAGUAUUUCUGUGGUGGGUUCUUGCAAUGGUCUCGUUUGUCUCCACGCUUACCGUACAUUGAAGGUUGUUAUAUGGAACCCUACAACUAGAGAAACAAAGGUAGUUCCCGAAUCAAACCUGCCCAUGUUCGCCCCCGCUGGCUAUUGCACCCGUAUUCAAGAGAAAUUCCAAAAUGAUGGUUCUAUGACUGGUGGUGCAUAUGAUUUUGAAAGAGCAACAACAUCACUUUCCAAUCAGUCAUUGUCGUCGUCUAAGAAGGUAACUCUUGUGAGGCACGGCCUUAGCUCUUGGAAUGAAGAGAGUAAAGUUCAGGGAAGCUCAAACUUAUCAAUCCUAACAGAAACUGGAGUGAGGCAAGCAGAGAGGUGCAGAAAAGCCUUGACAAAUAUAUACUUUGAUCAAUGCUUUUCAAGUCCAAUAUCUCGUGCUAAGUCCACUGCUGAAGUUAUAUGGCAAGGGAGGGAAGAGCCACUUGUUUUCCUUGAUUCGUUGAAGGAAGCCCAUCUAUUUUUUCUUGAAGGCAUGAAAAAUGUGGAUGCUAAGGAGAGAUAUCCAAAGGAGUAUACCACAUGGAGAGAAGAUCCUGCUAAUUUCUAUGUGAAUGGUGUCUACCCUAUACGAAAACUAUGGGCAACGGCAAGAGAGGCUUGGCGGGAAAUAUUACUCUCACCAGGGGAGAAUUUUCUGGUCAUCACUCACAAAUCAAUUUUGCGGGCACUGAUCUGUACAGCUGUAGGGCUACCGCCAGAGAG